AUGGCGUAUUCUUCCAAGUACACUCCUCGGCCACGUACCGACAUCUUCACCAGCGACACGGAUAUCAACCGUCGCAAGCUCGGCCGUGUAGUCCCCAUGAAAGUUCUCAUCCUGGGCUUAGGACGCACCGGUACUGCCUCUAUGCGAGCGGCUAUGAAACAGCUCGGCUAUGUCGACACAUACCACAUGAUGAACUGUUCUAUCGAAAACCCUCCCGAUGCUCUCAUGUGGAUGGAUGCUCUCUGCGCCAAAUACGACAAGAAAGGCAAGCCCUUCACCCGCGAGGACUGGGAUCAACUCCUCGGAAACUCUCAAGCCGUGUGCGACUGGCCAGCCAUUGCUUUCGCCAAGGAACUCAUCGAGGCUUAUCCAGAGGCAAAGGUUGUUUUGACCAACCGCGAUGUUGACUCCUGGCACGCUUCUACCAUGAAAACGGUUUACUGGCGUGUUACCGACGGCGAGUUGCGCUGGCUCUCCAACUUCGACUGGGCGGCAAGCAUGUACUACCCCAUGCUGAAGAAGUUUUUCGAUACCUUUUUCGAGGGUGACUUCCCCAACCGCGGUAAAGACGUCUUCCGAAAGCAUUAUGAAGAGGUCCGAAACCUGGUGCCCAAAGAUCGCCUGCUGGAAUACAAGGUCACAGAUGGAUGGGGGCCUCUAUGUGACUUCCUUGGCGAACCGAUCCCCAAGGAGUGCUCGUUCCCCAAUGUCAAUGACAACUCAGACUUUGUGACUCGGUCCCGACGCCGCAACCGCAACCAGAUGAAGAAUGUCGCUUUCCGAUACUUUGUCAACCUCAUAAUCCUAAUCAUUACUGUGGUUGCAUUGUAUCAGCUGGGAGUGUCGCUUGGACUAAUCUAA